ACAACCACUCAGCAGACACCCAAUGAAGCAACAUAUCCCUACCCAGUCAACCUGUCAAUCAGGAUUAAUGCUCACACAAACCUCCCCUCAGAUACCAGUCUCCUCGUCACUGCUGAAGCUGCUAAAUUGUAAAGUAAGCUAUAUCUGUGAGCGAGCAGAGGCGGUAGCGUUUACGUCUCAGGAUAAGUUUUGGAAUACAACACCGAAGACGGCACUUGUAACGAUUCAGUAGCGCACUACUACCAGAACCACGUCCGUCUCGCUGUUUUCCUGCGACAGUCGUUCAACGUUUACUAACCUACCUGCGUAAUAAACGAUUAUAUUUAAAAUACAAGACUGACAGUAUACGCGAGUGGGAUAACAUGUCCGAAAUAUUACAAUUGACGGGAUUGUUUUAAUUUCCGCUGGGUUCCUAUAUGUCUUGAAACUUCGACUUGGCUGCACAAGAUAGUGGUAGCAUACGGAUAACUCAGAAAAGCACUUUUGAACUCUGGUCUGGCAGGGGGGGGAAAACAUCGAGAUUAGAGGUUUACCUUGCUUGGGUCCCAAGUGCAUACAAACGCGUAACAAAGACGUUUGGUUACCCAAGGAGCUGAAGCAAGAUGGAUUUGAAGGUUUUGGGUUCUAUGCUGUUUUUCCCCAUUCAAAUGAUCUAUUACAUAGUCAAAGCAAGUGUGUUGUCACUGCUACCGAGCACAAGAAAAGACUUGAGCCAAGAGAUAGUUCUGAUCACCGGCGGUGGAAGAGGCAUCGGCCGUUACCUGGCCGAGGAGUUUGCCGAGCAGGGGGCUAAAAAGGUGAUCCUGUGGGGACGGACAGAGAAGUGUCUGAAGGAGACGUGUGAGCAGAUAUCCCUGACAGGAACCGAGUGCCACUACUUCCUGUGUGACGUGGCCAAUCGCGAGGAGGUUUACAAGCAGGCCAAGGUGGUCAGAGAGAAGGUGGGGGACGUGACCGUGCUGGUCAACAAUGCAGCGGUGGUGCAUGGGAAGAACCUGAUGGAGAGCGACGAUGACGCCCUGCUGAAAUCCCAGCACAUCAACACCAUGGGCCAGUUCUGGACUACCAAGGCGUUCCUCCCCAGGAUGCUGGAGCUGCAGCACGGUCAUGUGGUGUGCAUCAACUCCAUCCUGUCUCAGUCUCCCAUCCCCGGGGCCAUCGACUACUGCACCUCCAAGGCCUCGUCCCUGGCCUUCAUGGAGAGCCUGACCCUGGGCCUGCUGGACUGUCCUGGGGUGGGCUGCACCACUGUGCUCCCCUUCCACACCAACACAGACAUGUUCCAGGGCAUGCGAGUCAGGUUUCCCCAGCUCUUCCCUCCACUCAAGCCCAAGACGGUGGCCCAGAGGACGGUGGGUGCAGUCCGGACCAACACUGCCUUCCUCUACCUGCCCUGGAGCAUGCAUGCGCUCGUCUUCCUCAAAAGCUUCAUGCCCCAGUCAGCGCUUGAAGAGAUCCACAGGUUCUCCGGAAGCUACACCUGCAUGGACACGUUCAAGGGGAGGACGUGAGGGAGGCUGGGGCUGAGAGGGAGAGAGAGGCUGGGGCUGAGAGGGAGAGAGAGGC